CAGUUUUAGCCAUUUUUGUCAACUGAAAAUUGCUUAUGUUUUGGACAUCAAAUGUUGAAAAUUAGAACUGGAAAGGGAAUAUUGGAAGCUGUCAUGUGAAUGCAGGUAGCAGAACCAGCAAAUUCAUGGUAAAAAUAUAGCAGAAGCAGCAGCCUAUUAUACACCUUUUGUUUUCUUCUUUUUUUUUUUUUUCUAAAGUUGUUGGAAAGAGUUAUGAAUUAUUCUAUGUCUCUUACUGUUCCUGAAAAGAUGCUGGAAAUGGGAAAUUUCUAAAUCAUGAAGAUCUAAAAAAACUUUUGAUUAAAAUUUUUUUUGAUUAUAGACAGCUAGAGAAAACCCCAAUUUGCUAAAUUAAUUUAAUCAAAAUCAAUUUGAGUUGGUCCCUUCUGACAGCUCUCCAUCAACGACUGUUUCUAUUAUAUAUACUCUCCAUUUCGUGCAGGCUUUAACUCAGCUGACACCAUUGAAGCCAAAAACAAACCACUUUCCCCUUCUCUUCCAAACAGGGAAACUCUGAGAAAAUCUAACUACAUUGGCUAAGGGUGGUGUUCGUCAGUGAUAAUCCAUGAUGGUACGGCGGGGCGACCCGGCGGGGGGUCGGUUUUGGCCCCAAAUGUUAGUGGCUUUGGCCAUUGUUGUUGUUGCAAGCAAUGUAGGUUCUGUGUCUGCUGAUGCUUAUCCAUACUCAUCACCUCCACCACCUUAUGAGUAUACGUCACCUCCACCACCAUCUCCUUCUCCACCACCACCUUAUGAGUAUAAAUCUCCACCACCACCACCACCUUAUGAGUACAAGUCUCCACCACCACCACCAAAACAUGAAGAGAAGCCCCCGUAUUACUACAAAUCUCCACCACCUCCAUCUCCAUCACCACCUCCUCCAUACUACUAUAAGUCUCCUCCACCUCCAUCUCCAUCCCCACCUCCUCCAUACUAUUACAAGUCUCCACCACCACCACCAAAGCAUGAAGAAAAGCCUCCAUAUUACUACAAGUCUCCUCCACCUCCAUCCCCAUCACCACCUCCUCCAUACUAUUACGAGUCUCCACCACCACCACCAAAACAUGAAGAAAAGCCCCCGUAUUACUACAACUCUCCUCCACCUCCAUCCCCAUCACCACCUCCUCCAUACUACUACAAGUCUCCACCACCACCACCAAAACAUGAAGAAAAGCCUCCAUAUUACUACAAGUCUCCUCCACCUCCAUCCCCAUCACCACCUCCUCCAUACUACUACAAGUCCCCACCACCUCCAUCUCCAUCCCCACCUCCUCCAUAUUACUACAAGUCUCCACCACCACCAAAGCACGAGGAGAAGCCUCCUUACUACUACAAGUCUCCUCCACCUCCAUCUCCAUCACCACCUCCUCCAUACUACUAUAAGUCUCCACCACCACCACCAAAACACCCAUACUACUACAAGUCUCCACCUCCACCACCAAAACACCCCUACUACUACAAGUCUCCACCUCCACCACCAAAACACCCCUACUACUACAAGUCUCCACCACCUCCUCCACAUUACGUCUCACCACCAUACUACUACAAAUCUCCACCACCACCAGCUAAGUCGCCUCCUUAUUAUUACACUUCUCCCCCACCACCAACUCCUUACUACCCUCACCCUCACCCUCACCCUUACCCUCACCCCCACCCCCAUCCACUCAUAGUCAAGGUGGUUGGUAAAGUUUACUGCUACAGGUGCUAUGACUGGAGUUAUCCAGUGAAGUCACACGACAAGAAACAUCUUAAAGGUGCCGUUGUGGAAGUGACUUGCAAGGUUGGAGAAAAAGAGAUCAUUGCCUAUGGAACAACCAAAAUCAAUGGCAAAUUCAGCAUUGCAGUUGAAGGAUUUGACUAUGCCAAAUAUGGAGUCGAGGCAUGCAAGGCCAAGCUCCACGCCCCACCCAAGGGCUCACCGUGCAACAUUGCCACCAGCCUUCAUUGGGGCGACAAGGGUGCCAAGCUCAAGGUGAAGUCAAAGGACAAGUACGAGGUUGUGCUUGAGGCUAAGCCAUUUGCUUAUGCUCCAAAGACUCCUUACAAGGAAUGUGAAAAGCCAAAGCCUAAGCCUCCAGCUCCUUACUAUUAUACUUCUCCACCACCACCAUCUCACCCGCACAAGCCACCCCCGUACUAUUACAAGUCACCACCUCCACCAUCACCUACCUACGUAUACAAAUCACCACCACCUCCAACUCACCCAUACAAGCCACCACCAUACUACUACAAGUCACCACCCCCACCAGCUCCCACUUACAUCUACAAAUCACCUCCACCUCCAACUCAUCAACCGUACAAGCCACCACCAUACUACUACAAGUCACCACCCCCACCAGCUCCCACUUACAUCUACAAAUCACCUCCACCUCCAACUCAACCGUACAAGCCACCACCGUACUACUAUAAUUCACCACCUCCACCAUCACCAACCUACGUAUACAAAUCACCACCACCUCCAACUCACCCUUAUAAGCCACCACCGUACUACUACAAGUCACCACCCCCACCAGCUCCCACUUACAUCUACAAAUCACCUCCACCUCCAACUCACCCUUAUAAGCCACCACCGUACUACUACAAGUCACCACCCCCACCUCCUCCAAAAUACUACUACAAGUCCCCACCACCCCCUCCAACUCUCCCUUACAAGCCACCACCGUACUACUAUAAAUCACCACCCCCACCAACUCCCACUUACGCCUACAAAUCACCACCACCUCCGGCUCAUCCCUACAAGCCACCACCAUACUAUUAUAAGUCACCACCUCCACCAUCACCUACUUACAUUUACAAGUCACCUCCACCUCCACCAUACUAUUAUAAAUCACCACCCCCACCACCUCCAAAAUACUACUACAAGUCCCCACCUCCUCCAAAAUACUACUACAAGUCCCCACCACCCCCUCCAACUCUCCCUUACAAGCCACCACCGUACUACUAUAAAUCACCACCCCCACCACCUCCAAAAUACUACUACAAGUCCCCACCACCUCCUCCAACUCUCCCUUACAAGCCACCACCGUACUACUAUAAAUCACCACCCCCACCAACUCCCACUUACGCCUACAAAUCACCACCACCUCCACCAUCACCUACUUACAUUUACAAGUCACCUCCACCUCCACCAUACUAUUAUAAAUCACCACCCCCACCACCUCCCACUUACAUCUACAAGUCACCACCUCCUCCAAAAUACUACUACAAGUCCCCACCACCACCAACCCCCACUUAUGUUUACAAGUCUCCACCGCCUCCACCAUACUACUACAAAUCUCCACCACCACCACCGGUCCAUUCUCCACCCCCACCAUACUAUUACAAGUCACCACCACCACCUUCUCCUUCACCACCCCCACCAUACUACUACAAGUCCCCACCACCACCAGAACACGAAGAGAAACCCCCAUACUACUACAAAUCUCCACCACCACCAUCGCCAUCUCCUCCUCCACCCUAUUACUACAAAUCACCUCCACCUCCUUCUCCCUCUCCUCCACCCCCAUAUUAUUACAAGUCUCCUCCACCACCAGUCCAUUCCCCUCCACCACCAUACUACUACAAUUCACCACCACCUCCAGUAAAAGCUCCAGCACCAACCUACCACUACAACUCCCCUCCUCCACCAUCACCAUCUCCUCCUCCUCCCUACUAUUACAAAUUCCCACCACCUCCAUCUCCCUCUCCACCUCCGCCAUACUACUACAAAUCUCCACCACCACCAAAACACGAAGAGAAGCCCCCAUACUAUUACAAGUCCCCUCCUCCCCCAUCGCCAUCUCCUCCUCCGCCAUACUAUUACAAGUCCCCGCCACCACCAGUCCACUCUCCACCCCCAUACUAUUACAAGUCUCCACCACCGCCAUACUACUACAACUCUCCACCACCACCUGUCCAUUCCCCUCCACCUCCAUACUACUACAAAUCACCACCACCUCCUUCACCAUCUCCCCCACCACCAUACUAUUACGAAUCACCACCACCUCCAGUAAAGGCUCCAGCUCCAACCUACCACUACAACUCCCCUCCUCCACCAUCACCAUCUCCUCCUCCCUACUACUACAAGUCUCCACCACCACCAAAACACGAAGAGAAGCCCCCGUACUAUUACAAGUCCCCACCCCCACCUUCCCCAUCACCACCACCUCCUUACUACUACAAAUCCCCACCUCCUCCAUCCCCCUCACCCCCUCCCCCAUAUUACUACUACUCACCUCCGCCACCAGUGAAGUCACCCCCACCUCCGGUCUACAUUUACGCUUCUCCUCCACCACCAACUCACUACUAGGUCCGGAAAGAUCAACCACAAAAUUACAACGUACAUGUUCUAGUUUCACCAGAAGAAUAAAGGAAGGCACCAAGAAGGGGAGAUUUGGACAUCAACAUAUUUCCUUUUCAAGUCCAUUGAAUAAGGGUCUGAACAUCGCAUUUGAAAGCUACAAUUUUGGUAAUCCAGGCCAGAUCACUUCCACUUCUUUGGCGGCCAUGUUACACAUGCUCUUAAUAUGUUGUAGUGUCAUCGAUCGAAAGAAAGCGAGAGUGAUUUUCCCAAGUGUCGAUUGUAGUCUGUUUUUCAUUGUUCAAUACCAUUUUUAAAUUAUUGGUUUCACCUAAUUUAUUUGUGUAUAAAACUGUGGCCUUUGUAUGAUUAUCUAUUUAUUGUGGGCAUGCGUUUGGGAUUUCGUGGAUCUUUGUUGUACCAUGUGCGCUGAGAUUGUUAGCAAUAAAAUAUAUUUCUGUC